AUGGUUUAUCAGACGAGAAGUAAAGUGGUUUCUACUAUGAGAACGCCUCAAAUCUCACAAUUUGUCAACCCUCAGUUUUCUCCAUUUUUGGCCUCUCCAACAAUCCCAAACAUGUAUCAUCAUGCUACUCUCCCGACCAAUAAUAUGGUCACUAGCCAAAAUGCCCAUGACCGUGGCAAACGUUUCAUAAAUUAUGGUCAACCCAUUUGGAAUCACUCUCCAGAUGCUUUUUGCAAGUUCACUCCAACUAUCUCAAACAUGUAUAAUCAUGGUAUGGUUCUGAGUAAUAUUAUUGUCACAAGCUAA